UCCAAGUCAGUCACGUGCUUUACUUUACAAUAGUAUACUUGUCGGUCUCUAGUGUUAUGAUCAAUUUAACGAGUUUUCCGUCGUGUUUUCACAUCAAUGUUAAAAUAUCGAGUAAGACAUCUAGUUGACUAUCGAUGAAAGAAAAACGUCAAAAAUGUUUAAACUGUGCUAUUAUUAGUUUAAAUAAUUAAAAAAGUAUAAAACAAUUUUUACUUAACCUAAGCAAUUAUAAAUAUUUAUGUAAAUUUUAUAUAGGACCCGUACAUCGUUGCCAAGAACCAUCUUUGCUCCUAACACGUGAAAAAGUUCCACCAAUCUCUGUAGCAUGUUAUGUUCGAGAAAUAGAAAGAUAUAAAACUGAUCAUUAUUAUAAUAUAGUGGAUACAAUGAGCUAAUUAAAAUAACGAAGAAUUGUUUUGACCUUAAAACAUAAUGAAGAAAAACAAGCUAGUCCAGUUGCCUAAGUUUACAUGGGUUGUGUUGACACUUUUAAUUGCGGGACCCUGUGAACUUGCCAGAGCUGUUAAAAUGCUUGGUGUAAAGAUUCCUGCAUUUAUAUUCAUGGGUGAUUCGGUUCAGCUGUUCUGUGAUUAUGACAUGCAAAUGGACAACUUAUACUCAGUUACUUGGUACAAAGAUAAUGAAGAAUUUUACCGCUUUGUUCCAUCCUCAAUACAUCUCAAACAUAGUUAUCAUAUGGAUGGAAUAACAGUUGAUAACGCACAUUCAGACAGUAAAAAAGUUACAUUAAGAUAUGCAAACUUGCUAAUGAAUGGGGAGUACAAAUGUGAAGUGUCAGCUGAAGCGCCAUUUUUUACAACUGUCCACGCAGAAUCAAAAAUGGCCAUCGUAAGUUUACCGAAAUUAAAAGAUUUGCCAAGAAUUCUAGGAGGUAAUGGCAUCUAUAAGUCCGGUGACAUAGUUUAUCUUAAUUGUACGUCUGGAAAAUCAUAUCCAGCUGCUAAGCUUCGUUGGUACGUCAAUAACGACAAGAUCAAGCCUAGCUAUGAACAUACAGAAAAACUAUACAAUGGUUUAUAUGUCACAGUAUCCAUGUUAAAUUUAUCAACAAAUGAUGAUUAUUUUAAAAAUGGAAAAAUUAAAGUGACAUGUCAGGCUGUCAUCAAUAUUGGUCGACCAAAAGCAUCUCCGCCACCGAAAGAAUAUAAAUAUGAUACGGUAUUAUUAGGUUUCGCCUAGCUGGGGCGAACCCAGACCUGGGGACCUAUGAGCCUCGAACGCCUUCAGCACGUAAGCCUCUUUGGGCCAUCCUCAUAAGUAGGCCACUGAUUCCGGUAGGAGUACUCAGCUACGCCGGGCACUAUAUGUGUUUUGUAGGAUAAAUAUUACAUCAGAAUCGGUGUAACAAAAAUAUAUUAAAAAUUUAAUGAUUAAAAUCAAGAAAAUUCAAAAAGACAAUAUGUAUUGGGUAUAAGAUUGACGUUUGUUAAUGAGGUAUUCCCCAUGGGCGUAUUCAGAAAUUAUUUUAGUAGGGUAUUUAUUUUUUUUCUUUGUUAAAAAUGCUAUAGAAUU